UCAAAGCCUUCUACAAGUUGUGUAUCGCGGACAGCCUAAGCUCUUUUCAUUAAAUUGUCAAUCGUCCUCCUUAAGCCAUACUGGCCAGUCAAGUUUAGGAAAUUAAAAAUAAAAUUCGAAUAGAGAAUAUUCUUUAGUGUUGCUAACAGUGAGUGUACCGGAAGUGAGUUGAGAAAUUAAAAACAAAAGCAUUUUAAAAAUGAAUUCUAAGGCACUGAUUUGUUUUGUAAUUUUGUCAGUGAUUUUUGUCACCGGCAGUGAUGGUGUAACGGACAACGAACCAUCGAACUAUGACAUAAGCCGCAAUAGCAAACUAGGAGUCGGCAACAACAACUACGGCAACUACAUCCCGGACUAUCCGGAGUAUCCUGGCCAGUACGGAGGCCAGUACGGAGGCCAGUAUGGAGGCCAGUACGGAGGCCAGUACCCCCACAAGCCGCAGUUGCCAGGCCCGCCCGGGGCGCACCCCGGAUGCCCGCUCUGUGACUCGUCGGUCUACAGUUACUGCUCCUACAAGCAGUCCCAUGACUCCUGCUGCUGUGAUGGAUCUCAAUACAACCUCCCCUUCAGCUGUCGCAAGGCGGACUGCAAGUUCCUGUACGCCAACUCGUGCCAGGAGUACAACCUCAUCAGCUCGUGCUGCUGCGUCGAUCUGGAGAAGAGUGCGGCGCCGCAGGCCGCGUUUGUGGCGCCUGUUGUACCUGUUGUUGGAUAGGAGGGGGAAAAGAAGGGGAGAUACGUAGAUUAAAGGUCUAGAUAGACGGAACGCAUUUCAACUGCAAUCC